AUGGCCACCAACAGGCUCCGACGACGCCUCGAGGAGGCCGACCCGGCCACCCUGGCCAGGCUCUCCGAAAACUUCUGCCAGAUCGGCACGCCUCUGCCCUCGCUCGAGAACAGAAAAAGAGACCCCAACGAGUACAAGCCGAUAUGGCAGCAAGAAGCACGCGAUGAGCAGGGGCGGCGGCGCUUCCACGGCGCCUUCACCGGCGGAUUCUCGGCGGGCUACUUCAACACGGUCGGCUCAAAGGAAGGCUGGACCCCGUCCUCGUUCCGAUCCUCUCGCGCCGACAAGGCCAAGGGCGGCCAGUCCAAGACGACUCCUGUCCAGAGCCGCCCGGAGGAUUUCAUGGACGAGGAGGAUCUGGCAGAUCUGAGAGACUCGGCCCGUCUCAAGACGUCUUCCACGUUCCAAGAUGCUGCCGAUCCAUCCCACGAUCCGCUCUUGGGGCUGUUCGGUGGUCAUCGAGGUGACCAGGAUGGAGGAAUCGCAGCUGCGGCCCUCCAAGACUUGGUUCGCCCGACCUCAACGUCGCUCGGCUUCAAACUACUUCGGAAGAUGGGCUGGAAGGAUGGACACGGAUUGGGCCCCCGAGUGACAGCGAGGAAACGACGGCGCCUCAUGGGGGUGCAGCAGGCUGGCGCAGCACCCAAAGCGGAUGGAUCCGCCAGCGACGAGGCUGAUGAAGAGGCGGACAAGCACCUCUUCCCGCCGCCCAACACAGUGCUGGUCCAGCUCGAGGGCAGACAGGACAGGACGGGACUCGGCUGGAAGAGGUCCAGCUCGCUCAACGAGCUCCUGACCGAGGUCAGGUCCGAGGCUGCGGGGCAGAGACCAGGCGAGCCCUCCGGGCGUCCUGUGUUUGCCCCGUCAGGCGCGGACUCCGACGACGAGGCCGACGUCUUUGCCGGUGAGCCGGACAUUCGCACGUCGACUCUGGUCCGCAGCAGUCGAACGGACGCCCGGGCUGCCAUGACAAGCAUCGAUGCGCCGAAACGGACGACGGAGAUGCGCACCGCCGACGGGGUCAACACCUGGCUGGACGGGCGCAAGGUUGCCGUGGGGUUCAGGGUAGCGUCCAAAUCGAUGGCUCCGGAUCCCUGGUUCGCGCCGCCGAUCAUUCCGAAAGGCUGGAAACCGAACCCGCAGGCCAUCUGGGACUCGCACGCUCCGACGAUGGCGCCGGCCGCCGCACCCGGCAGGGUUGAGGGCAGUGCACCAAAGGCGCUCGACCCCACCGCCCGCGGCACCAUCCUUGGCGAAGCACGCAUGCCAGGUCCGCCCCCUGCACUCUCAGACUUCCUCUCAACAAAGGCGCGGGAACGCCUCGCCGCCGCCGCCGCCGGAGCAUCUCUUCCUCAAGAACCGGCUGGACCCGCGCCUCCGCCCGCCAUCGAGAUACCCCCCACAGAUCCGGCCACCGCAAAAGCUGCGCUGCAUGGCUUCAUGCCGUUCGGGGAUGACCCGGCCAAGCAGUCGCGUUACCGCACCUAUCUUCAGUCACAGGCCGAUCCCGCCUCCAACGUGCAGGUCCAACGUUCGCCCGGCCAGCUCGACGACCACUUCCAGCACGAGCUGAGGGAAUUUGCCAAGAGUGCGGCAAUCUUCCGGCCAAUGAGCACGGCCAUGGCCAGCCGCUUCACCAGCGCCAGCAGCAAAGCGGCGGCGCAAGAGACUGCCCCGCCCGCACCGGGGCUCCGACAGCCGCAGCCGCGACCCGCUCCAAAGUCACAGGGAGGCGAAGGGGACCACCCUGCAGAACCGGAAGUGGAGCUGACACCGGCACAGCACGCAGCCAAGGCCGGGAUGUUUGGCCGCCUGACGAGGACCGUUGAGCCAUGGUACCCUGUUCGCCUGCUCUGCAAGCGCUUCAACGUGCCUGACCCUCACCCGGGCAGGACCGAGGACGACAAUACGGCUGUCGAUGCCAGCAGAGGUCGAGAAGAAAUCGAUCCCUUCUGUGGAUCGUCGAGCGCCAGGAACCGAGCACAAGCCGACGUCGGAGCCAAUGACAUGUGGGAUCGGAACAAGCGGCAGAUCCAGGACCUCGCGCAAGCCAAAGCCUGGGAGGCGUCCGCGCCAAGAGCGCCGCCUUCCGCAGCCGCAGCCGCAAGCGCGACCGGACGCGGCACAGCACAUGGCGGCGCAAGCAGCAGAUCGAUCGAGACGCUCGGCCUGGGCGACGACGAGAGGCAGGGCGCGGACACGACGACGUACGUCAAGCCCUCUGUCGACAUCUUCAAGGCCAUCUUUGCCUCGGACGAGGAGGACAGCGACGCAGACGACGACAACGACGCCCUGGGCGCGAAAAGGAACACCUCUGCAGCAAACCGAGAGGAGAAACACAAAGCGGACGAGUCGCUCGGCGAUCCGAGCACCUCGUUCCGGCCCACCUUUGUGCCGCGGUCAAAGCGCAAGGCGCACGGCGACGAGCUAGCAGGUGAAGCGCGCGGCUGCUCGGAUGAAGGCGGCGGAGCGAUCAAGAAGAAGGCGGACAAGAAGCAGAAGAAGGACAAGCGGAACAAGGCCAAGGGCAUGCUGACCUUUGACCUCGACGGAGAGGACGACAUGGGUGACAGCGGCGCUAGCAUGCCUAGCGCCAUCACACGCAAGGUCAAGGCUGGAGGACCAGGCGAGACAGCAACUGCUGUCGAGCGGCCGGACAGGGUUCCGCGGCCAACUGAGCAGAGCACAGCGCCACCACCUAGACAGCCAGGCGAGCCGCGCCCAAAUCGCCCGAGAGCAUCCGACCUCUUCUGA